UUUAUCCUGAAGCAGGUCCCACAGUGUUUGUUCCCAAAUGGCAUACCUCUUUGGUCUCAGCUGCUAGAAGUAGGUCACGAACAUGUUAGAGCUGGGAGACAUUAGGAUUUUCAUGAUUAAAAGGCAGCAAAUCUCAGACAAGGUUUCAAAACUCAACUGACUUACUAACACAUAUUUUUACUUCAGUAGAUAAAUCAUACUUUUUGAAUCUUUGAUUAUUCCAACUGUUUAGGUCAGUUCAACUUUUACACAGUGAAACUGCCUGAAGAAAUUUGGUGAAAACUUUUUUCUUGUAAAAACAAGGUGUUUUGAAAUUGAAGAUUAUUAAAAAAUUUAUACAGAAGAAUGUAAAUAUUCCCAAUUUAAAGAUUUUCUCCUAAACAUGAUCUGGUUUUACAUUAUUUGUUCAGUUUUCUCAUCUAUGAAAAGAACUAUCAAACUUUUUUUAUUUUACCCUUGAAGCCUGAUGCCAGUUACUAAACACUUGGGGGUGCUACCAGUGAUUUCUAUGAUGUAGAAAAGAUGCUUAAAUAAUUUCAAAGAAAAAUGUUUUGGAUACACUAUAUUUUGCAGUAUUGAUUCCCAUUAUAGGCCAUUAUCUCUGAUUUGUGCCAAGUUCUUAAGAACAAUAAACACACAUGUACACACAGACUCACUCUUUUCUCAGUUACACACAUAAGACCAGAGGUUACUUACACAAGACUAGAACCAAGAAAACUGGGGCACUAAGUAUAUCCCAAACUCAGUGAUAUCACUGUUCUCAGGGCCAAAUUUCUCACCACAGGGUAGGUUCAAAAUCAUCUCUUUAGCAUUUCUAACACUGAAGUGAGAUAAAACCCUUUUGACAUUUGAUUGUGAAAUUUUCAAAUAGGUUGUUCCUAUGCCACUACACAUGCAAAUCAUAAAUACUUCGUGGCUAUCAAAACCAAAAUUUCAGAGCUUGAGCAUCUUUUCAAAACAAAAUACCCCCUGUAGCUUUAUAUGCAACUUCAGUAAUCAGGCAGCAUUGUUAUAAGAAAACAUUUACAUAAUGUUCCAGGAGAAUUAAAGAUGAAAGGUUUUUUGUCCCUCACCUUUCACUCUAUAAUUUAUGUUCUACUUUUUAGCCCAAAUUUUUCAAAUGGUUAUUGAACUGGGGAAAUGCCUUCAGUAAAACUCUGCUAGAGAAAACUGGAUUUUCAAAGCAGACUAGCGAAGGGUCACAGCACAACAUACCCCUUAAUAGUGAGAAGGAAUUUGUUGCUUUAAUAAAUGUAAAAAUUUCAGAUAUUUGUACUUUCCUAUGAGGUUUCUGCAAUCAGGAACAUGUGCCUGCAACAUGGCUUUAUUUUUCUGAUGUGAUGGAACUAGUUAAUCUACUAGAAUGCUUUCUAUUAGUAAGGCUAGGUAAUCUGUCCAUCUCAGUUGCUUUUCUCUUGUUCAGAAAUAGAGACCUUACCUGUUUGAGUAAUGGAGGGUGGGUAUGGGAUUUUUAAUUAGGUCACUAGUGCUAAGAGGGACAUAAAUCAUUACAGAUUGUGUCUGUCUUUCUUCCCAAAAGCUGGCACCUGGCACAGAGGAAUGGGGAUACAGGGCCCACAGAUAGUGAAUCCCCAGAGGUGGAUUCUGGCCCUGCCUCUGGCAACAGCUUCAAGCUAGCCUGGCUAGUUACCAUAUAGGGCACUGGAGCAGCAAGUGGUGGGAACAUGGUAAGGUGAAGUGAAAAUAAUGAAGAUAUACUAUAUACAGGUAGCACCUCUCCAUGAGGAAUGUAAUCAUAUGUACAACAAACAUGUACUACUAAAAAGAAUUACAGAGAGAUGAAAAUGGAACUAGUCAGUAUAAGUUUUGCAGAAACUAUUAGAGGAAAUGGAAUUAAAUAGUAAUGUCACUUUGUUUUAAAAAUCUGUGAAAUUCAUCUACAAUUUCAAAUUGCAUCUCAUCAUUUAAUUAUUUUCAUACAACUGACUCUAAGUGUGAGAUCAAAAAUCAGGAUACUAAGUUGCAACUCACCAACUACCAAAAAGAAAUUUAAGUUUGAAACACACACAAUCAAUGAUGUCUUCUACACACACCACAUGCACACACAGAAAAAAGUUAGCAAAAAGUUGGAAAAUUUAAGGCUUGAGAUAUAAUGGUCCUACUGAGACUUGCAAAGGUCAGAAAAUAGUGAAGGUAACUGUGUGUCUGUUUUUCACACAGCCAUGGCUACUGCAGACUACAACACUGAUGAACCGCUGCUUGCAGAGAAAAGGAAACAAGAUCUCCAAGAGACUCUGAACAAAGUGGGACUGGACAGUGAGUUUUGGUUGCCCAAAUUGCAGGAAUGCCUGGGUGUGACUUGUGCACAGGCCCUACAAUACUUACAAGAGAAAGACCUCCAGGUCCUGAAAUCCCAGGUGCAGCACCCAUGGGAAAAGAGAGCCCUGGAAAAGCUAUUUGAUCUGUCACACUCAAAUAUCCACCCAGUGAUACAGGAGUCGCCAGUGCAGAUGAUAAACAAAAGGCAGAAGCAAGUGGAAGAGGCACUUCAGGAGCUAAAGGAUCUGCUUUUAGAAGGAAAGCAGAGGCCGGAAGAAGCAGUGAGGAGGAAAGAAGAAGAGCUGAGACAAGCAAUGGAGAUCCCUGAAGAGUACUGGCCACUGCCUGAAAAGUCCCUAAGGCAAGUCCUAGAAAACAUGGAGAGGCAUCUCAGUCUCAUGGAACAGACCUUGUUCCAUAGGCAAAAUCUUUCAUAUCAGGAUCUGGUAAGAUGGGCAUCUGGAGGCCUUGCCCUGCAGGGAAUUUACCAAACUAGCCAACAAGGGGACCUGGUACAGAAGAGAGAAGAGCUACUCAACGUCCCCAAGGAGUUCUCACUCUUUGGCCCUCAGCAGGGCACACGGAUGGAAACAAAAGAGUUUACAUCUUCUCAAGCAGAAUCCAUGUUCACCCACACCAUGGAGAAGCUAGGCUUCAGUGUCACUGCUUCAGCCAGGGGUGGAGGAUGGGGACUUAGGUUAGAAUGUGGCAUAGAUAAAAGCAAAUAUUCAGAAUCCAAGGAAACCCAUCAGUCACAUUCUGAGCACUCUUAUUAUUGUUCAACCAAGUUCAGCUAUAUGCCCUUGUCCUGCUGCCACUUUUCCACUGAUCAACUCCAGUUCUCCAAGGCCGCUCUGCAGGAACUGAAUUGCAUCGAAAACCUCCUGGAUCAUACUGCAUCCCCCUUGCUGAAGCAAAGGAUUGAACACUUCUUCCAAAGGUUUGGUUCUCAUGCUAACCAAGGCCCUCUGCACCUGGGAGGAAUCUACUGGUGGAAGGCAGUUUCAGAGGGCUUCCAAAGGGAGCAGCUAGAGGAUGUCAAGCAGCAGGCAUCAGAGGCCCUGGACAUUUACAUAAGGGGCAGCUACAGAGGCUUUGGAGUGAAAGUUGCUGCAAGUAUGACUCUAUCAGAAUUAGACUCAAAAAAAGCCUCUCAGAACAAAACUCUUCAAAAACAUCAAACCAAUAUCAAAUUAUCUGUGGCCCAGACCGGUGGCCCACCGGAGGCAGAUGGCCUUGUCCAGUGGAAAACUGGCCUUGUGGCCAGCAAUCAAACCUGGUGUGUCAUUGACAGGGGUCUUCAGUUGGUGCCAGUUUGGGACAUCAUCCUCUCCAGCCACAGAAGUGAUUUUAAGGAUGCUCUAAAGGUGGCAAAGUGCAUGAAAGACAACUACACUGCUCUGACUGGCCUCAGUGCCCAGAUCCAAUAUGGAGAGGAAAUACUGAGUGCUGAGGAGGAAGCUAGAGUUUUCCUAGAGGAUAUAAAAUCCUGGGAAGUAUCUGAUCCUGAAGAACAGCUUAAAAAACUGAUAAAUCUCAUGCAAAUGUUGUGUCAUAAAAUAAUAGGUUAUGAUACUUGGAUUAAUAUAUGCCUCACAAAUUGGGAUCUGCAGAAUUUCUUAGUAAAUACCAUCAACUUUUGUAAAAAAUCUUCCAUUUGUGACACCAAAUUCAUUAAAUCUCAGCUGCGCAUACUUCUGGAUCCUCACGUGUACAAAGUGCCAAACUUUCCUCAGGCUCACUCCAUCAUGCAGUGGAUCUAUGAGUCAGAGUCAAAACAAAAGGAGGUCAACAUCUCUGAAUUUGCAGAAUUAAAUAAAAUCUUAAAAGAAAGUCUGGAUGGCCUCUUGGAAGUGAAGGUCAAAUCUGAUUCCCCAGAAACAGUGGAAGAGAUUCAAAGAAAAGUCACUUAUGAAGUUAGCAUGGCUCUUACUAGCUUUUUGAAUUACCUUGGAGAGACAGAGCAGACAGACACACAGCUGUUGUUACUUUGUAUUGCAGUUGGUGCAGGAUAUCACUUGGUUAAUAAUACUUUUCAAAAUCUUCUGCAUUGUGGUGAGUUAAGUUUUCUACUGGAUAAAGUGCAAAGUGCCCAAAGUAAAUAUAAAGAACUCAAACAUAUAAGCAUCCACAGGGCUCAGGCAUUCUUGGUGCUUAUAUGUCUGACAGCAUCAGCUGGAAUCACAGCUCUUUCUCCGGAAGAAAAAACACAGCGCAUGGCAUUGAUAAGAAAAUAUAUGGGCCAAUCGCUGUCCAAAGAGGUUGCUCAUGUCCUCAAGAAAUCUGGAGCAGGUCACAGUUGGGAAAACCUAGAAGAAGACUUAAGAUUGAUCAUUGAUGGGGAUUAUGAAGACACCAGAUCACCUUUACAUGUAGACAACAACAAGGAACAAUUACAAAGUCUGCCUGAAGGAAACAAACAAACAUAUAAACCACAUGAUCAAGACAACACUAACCAGAAGGUGACAGAAAAUGCAGCCGUCCUAGAUUUACUCCAGCGACUGGGCCUAGAACAUUACUUCCCAAAAAGGAUGAGAAGAACUAACUUUCAUCUGAUCUGCAAGACUUCUGUCCACAGAACUCAGCCUAGCUCUGAGCAGGAGCUUCCUUUCUAUUUCCUACAGAAGCUACUAGUGCUCGAUUAUGGGUUGAGAUAUCUGGGCCUCAAAGAAGAAGAAAAUACAGAACAUCAGCUUUACCCAAGUGCCUCUGACCAGGAAAAUGAGGCUUCUGACCCAUAUGAAGACCUUUCCAAUGAUGGUAAUAGCCCUGUUACCUCUAAACCCAGGCCUCGUAUUCACCCGAUGGAUAUCCAGAUGGCAAUUUUUCACUGUGCAGAUGAUUUUGCCAGACAAUACAUUUUGGCCAAGCUUUCUAUUUGUCAGUUUGCCCUCCCCCUUUUGGUGCCUAAUCCUUGUACUUCACAAAUUGAAUUCUCUCUCUGGUGUCUCAAACAAGUUAGGAGGAGUUGGCAGCACACAAGUAAAUCAGCAAAAGGAAAGUGCAGUUUUCAUAACCAGCAGAUGUGCUGUGUACCCACCUCCAUUGUGUCCUUUAUCAGAGUUGGAAAUGGCCUCUCUGCUUCCAAGUCUCAGAUCAUGAACUAUCUGCUCACUAAACGAAAACAUGAUGUGUUUUUUCACCGACACUGCAAGGGAAGCAGCAAAGACUGUCUCCUGAUGGAGGGUGUGGUGGAAGUCUGCUGGUUCUGUCCUGGGGAAGAAGAUGAGGACAGGUUUGAGAACUGCGUGGCCUUCACCAAUCUUCAUGGAGAUGCGAAGGAAAACAAGCAGCAGCUUGCUUUCCUGCAGGAGGUCUCUUCUCUCAUUGUGGUCCUCAUGUCAGCCUCUGAUGACAAUGAAGAAAACAGGAAAAUUGUCCGCGCCUUGUGGCAGUCAUCAACACCUUUGAUCUGCUUGCUUGAUGACAAAGAAAAAAACACAGUCAAUAAUUUUGGUAGAAAAAUAAGAAUUGGAAUCCAAAAUAGAAAUGAGGCAGACUUAACGGAAGAGAUCACUAUUGCAAUGAGACGUCUGCUAGAGCUUUCUGACACCGCUGUCAGCAUGGAGGACUGUUCUGCCAUUGCUCGCGAGCAAGGAUUCCUUAUUGACGAAGACCAGACAGAGUGCAAGGAAUCUAAAGAAAUGGCAGAGAUUAUAAUGGCCCUCCUGAGAGAAACUAACUUCUCUCACAUGAAGGAAAAUUUACUACCCCUUCAAGGAAAACUGUGGCAUCUUUGGUGUAAAAAUGACAAAGAACUCUAUCAUCUAAGAGAGAAAGGAAACCGGAGCAUUGAACAACACAAGACAGAGAUAGAAAAAGAAAAGCAAACAAUAAGGCAUCAACAGUUGCAAAAAGCUUUACAUCCCAGUGACCUAAUGCGAUCUUUUGUACAAAUUUUGCAAAAACACCCAGAAACUCACAUCAAACUCUACUUUUUACAGUGGGUAAGUAUUUUUUUGGAAAAGCACACUGGAGGACACUUGGAAGAACUGCACAAGAAACAAAGAACUUUGUGGUCAAAGAUACAAACAGAAAAGCAAAAGGCACAGAAGAGCAAAUCUCUGGACCUCUGGCAAAAUGAGAUAGAAGCCAUCUCCACAGAGAUCAGUGACUGUACCUUGGGAAUUGAACAACUUCUCAGAGAAGUGGGGCAGAUGUAUGAGGCUGUGGAAGAAACUUCCUACAAAGGAGAUAUCAUCUUUCUCUCCCUGCCCCAAAUUGCUGCAGACCUGAUGCUAUCCGGCAUGCCCAUUGAGCUGAUGGAUGGGGAUGCUUCCUAUGUGCCUCUAAAAUGGGUGGCAGCUGUGUUUGACAAGGUCUCUGAGAAACUUCCGGGCAAGAGAGUAUUUGUUCUUUCUAUCCUGGGCCUGCAGAGUUCAGGGAAGUCCACCCUGCUGAAUGCCCUUUUUGGGCUGCAGUUCAGCGUCAGUGCAGGCAGGUGCACCAGGGGAGCCUACAUGCAGCUCCUGAAGGUGGAGGAGACCUUCGCACAGGAACUUGGAUUUGACUUUAUGCUAGUUGUAGACACAGAGGGACUCAGGGCCCCAGAAGUCAUCAACAAAUCCCAGAACAGAGACAACGAGUUGGCAACUUUUGUCAUUGGACUUGGAAACUUGACUCUGAUCGAUAUUUUUGGAGAGAAUCCAUCAGAGAUGCAGGAUAUCUUACAAAUAGCCGUCCAAGCCUUUCUGAGGAUGAAACAAGUGAAAAUCUUCCCCAGUUGCCUCUUUGUCCAUCAGAAUGUGGGGGAAGUUACAGCUAAAGAGCAAACCAUGGAAGGACGAAGGCGGCUACAGCAGAAACUCGAUGACAUGGCAGCAAUGGCUGCUGAGCAGGAACAGUGUUCAAAUGUAUCCUGCUUUGGUGAUGUCAUUAAAUUUGAUGUCAAUACUGAUGUCCACUACUUUGCUCACCUGUGGGAUGGCAAUCCCCCAAUGGCUCCUCCUAAUCCUCGCUAUAGUCACAAUGUCCAAGAGCUGAAAAGUAGAAUUCUUCUCAUGGCUCAGCAGGAAUCUAGGGGAAAAAUCAUGAAGAUAUCAGAUGUGAAAUUCCGAGUAGAAGACUUGUGGAGAGCCCUGGUCAGUGAGAACUUCAUUUUCAGUUUCAGAAAUACCCGAGAGGUCAUGGCCAUGAGCAAACUGGAAACCAUGUAUAACCAGUGGUCCUGGAGGCUGAGGAGCCGCAUGCUGAACUUGCAGAAUCAGCUGAACAAUCAGAUUCAGAAUGGAAAAAUUCAGAUAUUGAAAAGAAGUUCACUUGAAGAUCCAAUUACAAAAGAAUAUGAGACUGUUAAGGAAGAUCUUGAGAAGUAUUUCAAGGAAGACCAAGAGAGUGAAAUACUGAUUCAGUGGAAAGGAAAUUUUGAAAAUAAGUUACUAAUUCUUAAAGACACACUUGUUUCAGAUGCCUUUAAAGAAGCCAAUAAGCAUGUUGAUCUUAAGAAAAGUCAAGAUAGGCUGAAUGAGAAAAAGACGAGUUAUGAAAAUGAAAUUUUGGAGAGGAGCCGAGAGUUGGCUUUAACUGUAAAAAGUAAAGAAUUGAGUGAGGAGGAGCUACAGAAGAAAUUCAAUCAACUUUGGAUUAAAUGGGUCUGUGAUGUGUCCUCAAAUCUGCCUCCAGCAAUAGAACCAAAUAUUGAGGUGGAUUCUGAGAACAUACUUUUGGAGCAAUUCAAAACAGAGAAAAACUUAGCAAACAUAUUAAAGACAAAUUCUGGGAAGAAAUUUGAAAUCAAUUAUGAUAAACAUAUCAAAAUGAGUAGGAAAUUUUGGGGUGUGAAACAUCAGUUAGAGGCAGGUGAUAAGGAGAUAAUUAAUAUGACUACUAAACGCAUUGUUUCAAGAUUUGAUGAAACUAUUAGUAAUAUUCAGAAGCAACAUCGUGAUUACAAUGCAACUGAUUUCCAUGAAAUUCUAAGAAUAAUAGAAGAAGAAGUAGCAUCUGCACCAACAAAUCAAAAAUACUCAUUUACAAGCCAGUACACGAUUGAAUUGUCUUUGUGUUUAUUCGAAAUUGCAUCAAACAGUUUUAAAGAAAUGCAUAGGGCAUUUGAGACAGCAAAUGAUCCUGUCAUCUAUCUGAACAGUAAAAAACAUGAUUUCUUCAUGAGUUUCAAGAUCUCCUGCCAAGGAGCAACCUCUAUCAAAUCGUUUGUAGAUUUUCUGUGGAACAAGCUCAUUCCUGCUGUAUCUACCACCAUAUGGGAAAACAUGGCCCCUAAAAUUGCUGGGGACCUGCAGGCCACCUGCCCUGCAUUCAAUGGAAACAGGGCUCAGCUGGAAAAACAUAUCCUCAUCUCUCUGGCAGAAGAAGAAGACUUCGAUAAUUAUUGGCAGUACAUUCAUUAUCCAAAGUCCUUUUUCAGUGGUUACAUUGGGAAGCAAAUUAAUAGAUACUGUACAGAAGAAGUAGAUAAAAAAAUAAAGACUUUUUUAAAAAUAAAUUUAGACAUCAUCAAAACUGCCAUCCUCUGUGCAAUUCACGAAUCCACAGCACAGGCUAAAGAUAAAAGCAGCACUGCUUCUGAGUGGUUGGAUUUGUUCUGUGAUCACCUGGGGAACAAAUUGAUCUUUCCACGAGCAGACUUGAGAGGCAUUGAACACCAGGAGAUAAAAGAUAUGGAGUUUCUCAAGGAAGCCAUGAUUGAAGUAUUGGAUGCUGCAAUGACAAAAGCAGAAGAAAUGUUUUCAAGUACACCUAUAACUGGAAUGGUUUCUAAAGUUGAGAGAAUCCUCUCUGAACAACUCUGUGGCUGCUGGAAACAAUGUCCCUUCUGUAAUGCAAUUUGUACCAACACCAUUCCUAACCAUGAUGGAGAUCACAGUGCUCCAUUCCACCGUCCUAAGGCUGUCAAUGGAUGGCAUUGGUAUAAAACAGAUGAGUUUGCCAUUGACUGCUGCUCUACAUCAGUGGCAAGCAACAAUCUGAUUGUUCUGAGUGAAACCUGGAAAAUCCCAUUUAAGACCUAUAGGCUGGCAGGAGGGGACUAUGCCGCUUGGAGCAUCACCCCAGAUUUAUCCUCCCAGCCACAUUGGAAAUGGUUUGUCUUUCAUUUCAAAUCAAAGUUAGAGGAAAAAUACAAGUUUAAAUUUAAAAAUAGAGGUGAAAUCCCUGAGGCAUGGGCAAAAAUCAGAAAGGAAGAUGUGCUUUUAGAUUUGAAAAAAUAACUCAGUUACCACAAGAAAAUAACUCUCAACACAGAAGACACCUCUGGUAUCUGAGCAAAAAUGUCAGUUUGAUACCAUACUAAAUCACAUGCUUCCUACAACUAGAACCUUCAAGUGCCCACCUUUUAAUGAAAUACAUGAAAGCAAGUUGAGUAACCUUUGAGAAGUUGAAGAUAUCCUAUCAGAACUUCUUUCUCUCUGUGCCAGUUUCUUCAGGUUUAAAACCAAAUUACUAACAUAUGUGAACCUUUGAGAAAAUUAAUUUAAAUAGCUAGUUUCAUACUUAAACACAUUGUCCUAAAUAUUUUCUAGAAUAUAUGCUGGGCCAGGCAUGGUGACAUAUGUCUGUAAUCUCAACACUGGGGAGGCUGCU